GGCUGUUACUAAUUUCUUACCAAAAUUACACACAUGUUCAUACGUCGAGGUGAUCAGAAUCAAACUGGAACAAUUCCAUCAGUUUUUGUUCUACAUUCAUACUCAUAUCUAGACGUUCCAAGGCUGAAUGCAAGAAAUAUAUUUUUCUGAUAAAGAUCUUCUAUUGUGGCAUCGCGCAAUUGUUUAUCCUGUCAGUUGCUUCGGGGAGGCAAUUCUCCUUAUCAGCAAUGGUGAAUAAUGCCGAGGAAAAAGAGAAGCUAGCCGAUUGCUCGAAGUCUUCGAUGGAUCCUAUCAAUGUAAAUAUAUGUAAUAUAGCAAACCUACUCUGGAUGCAGUGGUACUGUGAUUUUACCACAGGAUAAGAAUCGCGUUCAGCCAAAACUAGUUGCAGUGAAUCAGCAAUAGCCAUCGGAAAUGAUAAUACAACGUGGAAUGGCGUCGCCUGGACGAAUCGCCGGUAUAUGUGUAUUCUCAAUUGUGAUGAUCGCUCAAGUGCAAUUUAGCAGACAGGGAAUUCCACUUGUAGUCAAUACAUGGGGUUUCCAAAACGCUACACUCAAAGCAUAUCAUUCAUUGAUUUUUGAUAAGCUAAGUGCAAUUGAUGCUUUAAUCGAAGGCUGUAGCGUAUGUGAACGAGAGCAGUGCGAUGGCACUGUCGGAUAUGGCGGCAGUCCAGACGAAAAUGGCGAGACCACUCUGGAUGCAAUGGUUAUGGAUGGCAAUACGAUGAACGUUGGUGCCGUUGCCGCGAUGAGGAACAUAAAACAUGCAAUUGCGGUGGCUCGGCACGUUCUCGAAAACACAAAGCAUACGCUGUUGGUUGGAAGUCGAGCCACGGAGUUUGCAGUAAUGAUGGGAUUCCAUCGAGAGUCACUCCAAACGAAACGCUCUCGAGAGAUGUGGGAAGAGUGGAAGAACAAUCACUGUCAGCCGAAUUUCUGGACUAACGUUAUUCCAUCACCGUCGAUGUCCUGUGGACCCUAUGAGCCAAUUUCAGCAAAUUCGUUAGAUUCGAAGUUCUGGUCCUCACCGACAAACAAUGUUGACGAACAGCAGAAACAAAGCAGGGUUCAGAUCGAUCGCUACAAUCAUGACACCAUCGGUAUGAUAGUGUUGGAUUCCGAAGGGCGCCUCGCUGCUGGUACCUCAACCAACGGAGCGCGCAACAAAAUUCCUGGUCGCGUAGGUGAUUCUCCCAUUCCGGGAUCAGGAGCUUACGCGGACGCAUCGGUUGGUGCUGCAGCUGCUACUGGCGACGGCGACGUUAUGAUGCGCUUUUUACCUUCAUUUCUGGCAGUCGAACUACUGAGACAGGGCGUUGCCCCGUCUGAAUCAGGGAAAGCAGCGCUGGCGCGCAUCGUUAAGCACUACCCCAGUUUCCAGGGUGGAAUAGUGGUUGCCACGAAGGAUGGACAGUAUGGUGCCGCUUGCCAUGGACUUAUAGAAUUUCCAUAUUCGGUGGUGGAGUCUGUCGAUGCGAAAGUUGUGGUGAAAACAGUGAAAUGCACAUAAUAAUUACACUGACUAUGAAACUAACAAGUGCGUUAUCUGGAGGCUAAUAUAAUGAAUCAGUGAUGGAAAUGAUGGAGAUCGUUUCGAUUGAUGAAGGAAAUAAAAUAUGUGUUUUGUAAUAUCACAAGUACUACAAUUAAAUCAAA